GCGGUGCGUUUCGCUGGCGCGCUCUUACGUACCGAGGCGCUGCCGGGGAAAUGGCGUUCAGCUCGGCCUGGAAGCGAAUGUCGUGGCUUUAUUACCAGUACCUGCUGGUGACGGCUCUUUACAUGCUGGAGCCCUGGGAGCGGACGGUGUUCAAUUCCAUGUUGGUAUCUAUUAUUGGAAUGGCACUUUACACUGGCUAUGUUUUCAUGCCUCAACAUAUAAUGGCCAUCUUGCAUUAUUUUGAAAUUAUGCAGUGAAGAAUCUAAGAAAGAAGCCAGUUAGAAGUGAAGAUCAGACUGUUAAGAAAACUGAUUAUUUACAACUUAAGGAAUCCUACAGAUGGUAAAAUGAAUACCAGUUGAUGAUUGUGGCAACCAUUGGGGUCACAUGGAGAUGCAAACGCAUUUUAUUUAUGUAUAAGAUUCCCUUGUAUAUUUUUGUCUAUUAAUACUGUGAUUGUUUGUACCUUUGAUAUCAGUAUUUUCUUAACUUUGUGACUGUCUUUAGUAAUAUACUGUAAAAGCUUUUCCUAAUGUAACUUUGGGUACAUUUUGCCUUCAAUUUUUUAAUCAAAAAUUACCUUAUUAAGUAGAGCUUGAAGCUUUUGCUAUUGUGUACUUAUGUCCAUCUGGGUAUAUUUCUAGUAGAACAUUUUGUAAGAAAGUGUUUAGAUUCAUGUAUAAAUGUGCAUAUACUCAUAAAACUUUCUUAUAAAACUUACUCAGGUGCUUGAGUUGCUAUUUGAAUUGUUUAAAACUGUGGUGUAGCUCUGUUUUGCUUUAACAAUAAAUGGAAAGCUUUUUCUUUGUACUUGGAGAAAAACUUACUAUUGUAUAUAUACAACAGUAUGAGCUAUAAGAAAGUACUGGAUUCAUUCCUUAUCUGCACAUAAAAUAUUUGUUUCAUGCAUGUCAUUUGGAAUUUUGUGAUAGCACUUUAAUGCUGCUAGUAUACCUUCUAACUAAAAUAUAUGUGUUUAUUUCCCAAGGGACAUGUUUUAAUAUUGACUUCAGUUUAAAAGACUAUGAUGAGUAUGGGUGUUGACUAUAGUAUAAUCAUGUCUGUAUUCUGAACCCACUGUUGACAGUUUCCCACCUUUUGUGAAUAUUUAAACCACAUCACCAAAAUAUGAAGUUUGGAAUGAACUUGAUUUAAAAUAUGCAGCAGUAAGGAGUUGCCUACUAGUCUGAAAGUUCUCUUUUAUAGCAUUUUUCAGAUUUGUAUUUUGGACUGUAAGAUGGAAAUUUUUAAGGUGGUUUAUGUUAUUUUCCAGAGAUAUAAAAAAUAUGAAAACAGUAUUGUUACCUAAUGUGUGUGUCCUUAAUUUUAGAAGAACACACAGGUAAACUUUUUUUUAGAAACAGGACAAUGCUAUUAAAGAAAAAAUGGAUAGACCAGAUACCAUAAACUGGCAGCUGAAAGAACCAAUUUUAAAUUGGUAUGUUCAGAUCUCAACUUUGAAUUUUAGACCAGUUCUUUCCUUUACAUUUCUCUCCCCAGUUUCUUGGUAUUGGUUAUAUUGAUUUGGCAGGAUUAUCAGAAAAAGUAUUUAUAUGGUUUAAGUAUAUUGAACACUCAGCAUCAGAGGUCCUCAAGGUUUUGAGAGUGCAUUGAGUGGCAUUUUCACAAAGUCACUGCUGAUCCAUUCCCGCUUUCUCUAUGAUGCUCCAUUUUUAAACAUGUUUAAUUUUCUGUCUUUGAAUAAAUGGGCACAUUUGCAAACAUAGCA